AUGGCUCAGGCUCACCUGCGAGAUGCUGCCGGAGGCUGCGACGGCUGUGCACACAGGGGCACCGGGCUGGGAGGAGAGUGGCGGAGACAGGAGAUGCGGGUCUGGGUAGAUGCUGGAACGCAGAUCUUUUUCUCCUAUGCCAUCUGCCUGGGCUGUCUGACCGCUCUGGGAAGUUAUAACAAUUAUAACAACAACUGCUACAGGGACUGCAUCAUGCUCUGCUGCCUGAACAGCGGCACCAGCUUCGUGGCGGGCUUUGCCAUCUUCUCGGUCCUGGGCUUCAUGGCUUACGAGCAGGGGGUACCCAUCGCCGAGGUGGCAGAGUCAGGCCCCGGCCUGGCCUUUAUUGCGUACCCCAAGGCUGUCACCAUGAUGCCUCUCUCCCCACUGUGGGCCACCUUGUUCUUCAUGAUGCUCAUCUUCCUGGGGCUGGACAGCCAGUUUGUGUGCGUGGAAAGCCUCGUGACAGCCGUGGUUGACAUGUACCCCAAGGUCUUCCGGAGGGGCUACCGGCGGGAGCUGCUCAUCCUGGCCUUGUCGGUUGUCUCCUAUUUUCUGGGCCUCGUGAUGUUAACCGAGGGCGGCAUGUACAUCUUCCAGCUCUUUGACUCCUACGCCGCCAGUGGGAUGUGCCUUCUCUUUGUGGCCAUCUUCGAGUGCGUCUGCAUCGGCUGGGUGUAUGGAAGCAACCGGUUCUAUGACAACAUCGAAGACAUGAUUGGCUACCGGCCUUUGUCGCUCAUUAAGUGGUGCUGGAAGGUCGUGACCCCCGGGAUCUGCGCGGGCAUCUUCAUCUUCUUCCUGGUCAAGUACAAGCCGCUCAAGUACAACAACGUGUACACCUACCCGGCCUGGGGCUACGGCAUCGGCUGGCUCAUGGCCCUGUCCUCCAUGCUCUGCAUCCCGCUCUGGAUCUUCCUCCAGCUGUGGAAGACGGAAGGGGCGCUGCCCGAGAAAUUCCGGAAGUUGACGAUUCCCAGCGCUGAUCUGAAAAUGCGGGGCAAGCUUGGGACAGGCCCACGGACGGUGACGGUUAAUGACUGUGACGCCAAACUCAAGGGCGACGGGGCCAUCGCCACCAUCACAGAGAAGGAGACGCACUUCUGAGCAGCCGCCUGCCACCGGGUUCCUCUCCCUCCUCCCCCGUGUGUACAUGAGUACCUGAAACACGUGCUUCUCCUAAUGGUAGGGCUUGCUCCUUUGCACACGAUUUAUUAACACGUUAAUUUUCAGGUGGCCACCGCAGACUCUGGUUUAAAGUCACAUCCUCUCCUCGCCCCGGUCAUCGUGGAAAUAACCACUGCGAAGAGAUAAUACUGUACAGCAGCUAGCGAAAUUUUCUCGUCCUAGGGCAGUUUUAAUCAAUGUUUUCUAGGGGUUAGGAAAAAGUGUAUAAUACUGUAAAACUUUUAUACUUGGGUUGUGGGGCAGGUGGGGUGGGGAGCGGUGCCUGUCCUCCUCUGUCAGCCCUUUAACCAAGCGUUCCACGUCCCUGUCUCUGACCACGGGCAGCCGCCCCUCCUCCGUGCCCCCAGGGAGAGCUCGUCCUAAACCUUCGCUUUUCCAAGGGCAGUGGGUUUGCAGACAGCAAGGUCAAGGCUGUGGGGCAGAGAAGAAAGGUCCCAUCAGACUCAGGACUCCUGGGUUGGAGUCCCCCUGCCCCCCACCGCCACCACCCUGAUCCCACUAAGUGACCUUGGGCACUCCCUUCCCCUCUCUGUGCCUCAGUUUCCCUACAUCCCAAUUUAGAGGAGGGGCUGGAUUGGAUGUUCCCAUAAGGACUCUCUUUACAUGCCUUGCUGGCUCCAGGACCUGCCUUUGGUCUUGGCCUCUUCUGGAGAUUUGUAGGCAAUAAUCUCAGCCCUCCCUGCUCCCCUUUCCACCUGCUUAUUUAAAAUCAAGAUUAUCGUGGAAAUGAAAUGAUAGGGAUGUGUGUUUUCCCCCAAAGCCCUAGUUUUAUCUCAUCGGGAGCAGCCCGGCUCUCUGGUGCCCAGUGGGUCCUCAGCCCCCAUGGCCUGGCCUGCCUCCUGUCCCUGUCCUCUGCUCUCACCCCCAGUUCUGUCUCCCCACCUCAGCAGGGCUAGUUUUCUGGGUCAGGAGGUGCCGUCUACUCUUGCAGCUGCCUGGAGGGGGUCUACGUCUUAGUCCCUUCCUCCAGGGAGCUACAGUGGAGCCUGACACUUGGUGUCCUCCCAAGGCCUUUCGCUGUCCCUGGCCACCUCUUCUCCCUCCCGCUGUCCCCUCGGCUCCCCCACCAUCCUGCCUCUCAGAUCCUUCCCCAUCCCACCUGCCUAUGUCGCCAGGGGACUGGGUGAGAAGCCCCCACUCUUGCCGGAGGGAGAGCGGGGCAUCGGAGUCUGCGGGAGGGCUGGUGUUGCUCCCUCCCACCUGGCCGCAGACUCUUUGGCCCAUACCACUCUGCUUUCUGAUUGGACUUUGCAUCAGGCCUCUGCCUUGGUGUCUGAGCUCCUAGGGGUGGGGAAGACGCAUGCUUUUUUCCUUUUCCUGUGUGUUCUCGAUCUGAUUUGCUGGAAAUCUAGCUUCUUCCAGACCCAGGCAGGGGACCCAUGUGGUUUUUUUUCACCCACAAAUUUGCAAACACCCAGUGUCUCCACUCUGGCCAGCCCCGCUCUGAAGCCCAAGUUUGCUAAGAGGGAUGCCCAGUGCCCCUCUGGGCAGCGGGGGACACCAGGUCUAGCCGCCCCCCACCCUGUGCACACAGCUCAGGCCUCCCUGGCUUCUGACAGACAGACCGCCGUCCCCCUCUCGUCUCGCUGAGCUGUCUGGCCCGAGCUGGGCGCCCUGCACACGUGGUCCUCAGCUGCUCUCCGCAGCGAGCCGCUGGAGGAAGCCUCCCCACCACAGCCACUGCUGCUCUCCACCACCAGCUCUUUCUGAGGACAGAUCGCUGUGUCGCGCAGCAUUCAUAUGGCGCUAACACUUGACUCACGUAACGCUACUCAUGGGGCAGGGCAGAGGGCUGAUUGUUGUUUUUUGUUUUUUGUAAUUUCCUACUAGUAUAUGGGUAACUCUGGGGGUGGGGAGGGCACCGUGGGGCAGGGGAACACAUCAUCGUGAUGACUUUUUUGAUAUUCAUUAGAAACAAUACAUCCUUUCUGGGAUAUAUACGGUAUUAUUAAAAAAUGAAA